AUGUUAUUCAACAAAUCAAUCAUAAAAUUAAUAUCAGCAUUAACAAUAAUUCCAUUAACAAAUGCAAAAUUCGAAGAUUUAACCCCACCAUUAGAAAUAGUAGGUAAUAAAUUUUUUUAUUCAAAUAAUGGAUCACAAUUUUUAAUGAGAGGUAUAGCAUAUCAAGAAGAUACUUCACAAUUAUCAAACACAAAUUUAACCUACAAGGAUCCAUUAGCUGAUAUUGAAAGUUGUAAAAGAGAUGUUGAAUAUUUUAAAGAUUUAAAUACAAAUUGUUUAAGAGUAUAUGCUAUUGAUCCUGAUUUAGAUCAUGAUGAAUGUAUGGAAGUUUUAGCUGAAGCUGGAAUUUAUAUUGUUGCUGAUUUAUCUCAACCUUUAACUUCAAUUAAUAGAAAUCAACCAGAUUGGAAUUUAGAACAUUAUGAAAGGUAUACUCAAGUUAUUGAUAAAAUGAGUGAUUAUUCUAAUGUAUUGGGUUUUUUUGCAGGUAAUGAAGUUACAAAUAAUCGAUCAAAUACUGAUGCUUCACCAUUUGUAAAAGCAGCUGUUAGAGAUAUGAAAAAUUAUAUUGAUACAAGUAAUGGAAUGAGAAAAAUUCCAGUUGGUUAUAGUUCAAAUGAUGAUGAAGAUACUAGAAUUGCUAUUGCUGAUUAUUUUGCAUGUGGAUCAGUUGAAGAAAGAGCUGAUUUUUUCGGUAUAAAUAUGUAUGAAUGGUGUGGAAAUUCAACUUAUGAAAGAAGUGGAUAUAAAGAUAGAACAGAAGAAUAUGAACAUUUACCUAUCCCAAUAUUUUUUUCAGAAUAUGGUUGUAAUGUAAAUAGACCAAGAUUGUUUACUGAAGUACAAGCAUUAUAUUCACCUAUAAUGUCAAAUAUUUGGUCUGGUGGUAUUGUUUAUAUGUAUUUUGAAGAAGCUAAUGAAUAUGGUUUAGUUACUAUUUCAAAUGGUAGAGUUUCAACUUUAGAUGAUUAUAAAUAUUAUUCAUCAGAAAUUAAUAAUAUUAGUCCAUCUUAUGCACAAGCAUCUAAUGAACCAACUCAAAUUUCAACUUUAACAUGUCCAGCAAAUACUGCAUCAACAUGGAGAGCUUCACCUUCAUUACCACCAACUCCAAACAAGGAAUUUUGUGAAUGUAUUGCAGAUGGUUUAAGUUGUGUUGUAGCUAAUAAUGUAGAUGAAGAAGAUUAUGGUGACUUAUUUGGAGUUAUAUGUGGAUUAAUUGAUUGUUCAGACAUUAAUGUUAAUGGAAUUGAAGGAGAGUAUGGUGAUUAUUCGUAUUGUUCAAAUAAAGAUAAAUUAUCUUAUGUAUUAAAUUUAUAUUAUCAAGAAAAUGGAUCAAAUAGAGAUGCUUGCGAUUUUGAUGGUAGUGCUUCAAUAAAUGGUAAUGCUUUAGCUGAUCAAACUUGUACUGUUGCUACAAGAUCAAGAACUUCUGGUGGCUCUUCUUCAAGUAGUGGAUCAGGUUCUUCUUCAACUAAUGAUGGUUCACGUGCUAGUUUAGGUAAUUCUAAUGUUGAAAAAUUAUCCACAUAUAAAGUUUUAGGAUUAGUUUCAGCUAUAACUUUAUUUGUUGGUGGAUUUUCAAUCAUUUUUUAA